CAUCCCAGCGGGUUGGGUGGGGAGCCCCGGCUGCCCCCGGCCACCCGCCUGCCCCGGCAGAGCCUGGUACAGUUCGUUACGUCCAGACCGGAAUGUACUUUGUGUUAGAAGUGGCCCCAGGCCAGGACAGCAAAGCCGGACUUUAUUUAUCCUCCUCGCUCCGGCCUUGCUGCAUCCUGCAGGGUUGGAUCUCCGGCGGGAUGGGGGGAGCCCGGGAUGCUGCCUGGCCCCCACAUCCUCCCUGCCACUCAUCUCCAACCAGGGGGUCCAGGGAUUAUUCCCCCUUUUCGGCAGGAGGGAAAUAAUUUGGGCAAAUAUUUGUGUCCUUUCAGAUGGUAAAAGCUGUUCCUGGUGCCUGGAGGAAACGGCGUGGGGGAGAGGGGGAUUGAGGGAUGGAUCUAGCCCCAUGGGGGGGGAUGGGGAUUGAGGGAUGGAUCCAGCCCACUGGGGGAGACUGGGAUUCAGGGAUGGAUCCAGCCCCGUGGGGGAUGCUGGGAUUCAGGGAUGGAUCCAGCCUUACCAAAGCCUGUGGCUGGAGGUGUCCCCACCUGCUUCCAUGAGUUUUUUUGCCAACUGGGGCCAGCGUUCGGAUUGCAACCCGGAAAUUCAUGGGUUGGAAAUGCUGGGGGAAAAGGCCAGCCCUUGGCUCGCUGGGGGACGCGGGCAGGAUCCGGCCUGCAAUGGGGCUGCCCUGGGGGUCUGGGGGCGCCUCAGCCCCUCUGCCGGUAAAACUCAGGGCAGGAGCUGUGGGUCUGAGCAAGGAGAGGGGUUGCAGCCGGAGGAGGGACCACCCCGGGCUGGAUCCGGCCGCUCGCCACUGGCCAGGUUCCACACCACCACCCAGCAUCCCUCCCGCCGCCCCUCUGCUGGGAAGAUUUGGGGCGAUUUCACGCAGAAAUGCAGCCUGUGGGUCAAGCAGCCCCACGCCGAGCAGGUGGUCUUGCCCUGCUGCCCCCCCCCGCCUCCUCAACCCGCUGUGUCCCCCCAUCUGUGUCCCCAUCGCUGCCGCCCGGCUGCACCUACAGCCAGCAGCGAGGACACGGUGUCCUCCUGGACUCGGCCGCCUGUUGUGCAACACCCAGCUGCACCUCCCGUAAACACCCGGCUCCCCGCGCCGCGCUCCCGUCACCCUGCACCCAGGCGGAAGGGAACAGGGAGAAAAACCCAUUUCCUCGGCUCUCCAGCGCUCCAGAGAUUCACCGAUGGGGCUCUUCGACGUGAGGCUCGCAAGGGGACGCCUCUCCCCCCCCACGCUCGCAAGGCAGAUUAACGCUGGUUAUUUUUAGCAGAAGACAAGGAUGAAUAAAAAUAUCCCUUAUUUUAUUUUAA